AUGUCCAAUCCAAUUAAGUGCCCUUGUGAUUGCCCUGCGAGUAUUCUUGAUAAGCAAAACUAUGAAAAUUACAAACGUCUUACUGAAAACAGGGAAUGUGCUCCGGCUUAUCAAAAUGACCAAAAAUGCGAAUACCAUACUAAUAACAAUGAAUGUGAAAAUCGUCAUAAAAAUAAUCAUAUAAGUGAUGAUAAUGAGUGUAUGUCUUACAGCCAAUGUGAUCAAAAAUAUAAACGUGACGACAAUGUAUGUGUUGCUCAUAAAAAAAGUGAUCUUAACUUAAAAAGCCAUACAGACAAUAAUAAGUGUGUUCUAUGUAAUGAAAACUACAAUAAAACCCAACAUGCUGCGAGAAACAGUGAAUGUAUUUCUAAUAAACAAAGCCAGGAUACAUCUCAAAUCGAAAGUGAUUAUAAAGAAUGUUUAACUAAAUUAAGGGAAUACGAGAAAAGGCUAAAAACCGAUGAAAAUGUUUCUGAAACGAAAUCAGUGAUUAGCCAAAGAAAAGAUGAAAAUUUGAUCCAUAAAAACGAAACGUGUUUAAAAGUGCUUCAAAAAAAUAUUUCUCAGUUGUAUGCUUCGUCUGAUCAAAACUGCUUUAAAGAAAAGGCACGUAUAGAACAGGAAAAACCAGAAGCUAAGCAGAAAUGCCAAAUCAAAUGCACAGAAGAUCAAUUAAAAAUUCAGUAUAGUCUCUCACCACUAACUUUGCCGAGUAUAAAAUGUGAUGAUCAAGAUCAGUUGAAAAUUCAGCACGAUCUCGCACCACUUACCAUGCCGAGCAUAAAAUGUGAUGAUCAAGAAAAACUUGAAUUGCAGAAAAAGUGUACACCACCACUUAAAUCGAGCAGUAGCAAUUUAAAGAAAUGUAUCGGCAAUGUAUGUUCAAAAAUUUGUAAAAAAUUUAAAGAUAUCGAAAAAAACUUAGCUUCAGAUAAAGAAAAAAGUAAUUUGCCUGCGUCUUCUGGGCUCAGUUCAAACUCAAGUACUGGGAGCCAUAAGAAUUUUAAAUCAUCAGUUAGAUCUAAAUCUUCAAAGUCAGACAAAAGUAAUAAAUCAUCUGAAUCGAUUUCUAAAAAAUCAUCAGAACGAUCAGAGGUAGUCAUUAUUUCACGGGCUCAACAAAAAUUUUACGAAUUCGAAAAGAAGCCUCCUAAGGCUUGUUCGCCCAAAUCUUCAUCAAAAAGUAUCAAAACCGGCGAAUGCAAUAGUAAUUGCACUUGCUGUAAAAAGUCAUGGUGGUGA